UUAUAAUUGAGAAUAUUGCAGACAUGGCUUCGGCCUUAUAAUUGAGACUAUUUCAGACAUGGCCUCGGCCUAAGAAUUGUGACUAUAUCAGAUAUGGCUUCGGCCCUAUAAUUGAGAAUAUUUCAGACAUGGCUUCAGCCUUAUAAUUGGGAACGUUGCAAACAUGACUUUCGUCUUAUAAUUCAAGAAUAUUACAGAUAUGGCUCCGGCCUUUAAAUUGUAAUAAAGAAGGAGUAUAAAAGAAGACAGACUAGGCUGUAUGGCUAAGAGCCUUUGCCUUCUCCUUAAGGAGUAAAUCAAACCAAAAAAAAAAAAAAUUGGGUUCCAUUUACCGCAAUUUGAAAUAUUUUGAAACAAUACAUGCAACAAGUUUAAAACAUCAUGUAGUAAAACGCGGUGCAAAGCUAUCAAGCCACCCUUUUAAUACAAUCAAGGAAGUACAUUUUAAGACUUUGGGCAAAGACUUCAGGCUUAUUCUACAUCCGCACAGCUCUGUGUUACAUUCCAAUUUUAAAGCAUAUACUGUGGAUGGUGAUGGUAAAGAGACUACUGUUCAUGUUGAUAGAGAAACUUUUUACUCGGGUAGAGUAUUCGGAGAGAAGAAAUCAGAUGUUAAGCUUCACAUGGAAGACGGUAUCAUCACUGGAAUCAUCCACACACCUGAUGAAACUUAUCAUAUUGAGCCAUCUUGGCGCCACUUGCCUCACUUAGAUGAUAAGACUAUGAUAACAUACCGAUCGUCCGACAUGAGGUUAUGGUCCAACACUGAGAAACCCGAAGAAACUAAACCACGCAUUUGUGGUUAUGUUAAAGAAGGAAAAGAAUUAGAAAAAGAUGAAGAUGAUGAUGAAGAAGGAGAUGAACAUUAUAAUAUAGAAUUAGAAAACGAAAAAUUGGAGAAAGCCAAAUAUUUGGACUAUGCAAACAUUAAUCACACGAAUGAACAUCGUGUAAAUGGCACCGAGGGCCGCGCCAAGAGGACAAAAAGACAAAGCGAUUAUGAAUACACGCCCACUAAAACUAGAUGCCCUUUACUUCUUGUGGCAGAUUAUAGAUUCUUCCAAGAGAUGGGUGCCAGUAAUACAAAAACAACUAUCAGUUAUUUGAUUAGUCUUAUUGAUCGUGUUCAUAAAAUAUAUAAUGACACGCUGUGGCAAGAUCGGCAGGAUAUGGAUGGCUUCAAGGGCAUGGGAUUUGUGAUAAAGAAAAUACUUGUUCAUUCUGAACCAACACGGGUGAGAGGAGGCGAAGCACACUACAACAUGGUCAGGGAGAAGUGGGAUGUUCGUAACUUAUUGGAGGUGUUUAGUCGCGAGUACUCUCACAAAGACUUCUGCCUGGCGCAUCUGUUCACCGACCUCAAGUUCGAAGGUGGAAUCCUCGGUCUGGCUUACGUCGGGUCGCCGCGUCGGAACUCUGUCGGCGGGAUUUGUACUCCCGAAUACUUCAAGAACGGGUACACGUUAUACCUGAACUCUGGUCUGAGUUCGUCGCGCAAUCACUACGGGCAGCGCGUGAUCACGCGCGAGGCCGACCUGGUGACUGCGCACGAGUUCGGACACAACUGGGGCUCGGAGCACGAUCCUGAUGUGGCGGAGUGUUCGCCUGCCGCCAGCCAGGGAGGGUCCUACCUCAUGUACACGUAUAGUGUCAGCGGGUAUGAUGUAAAUAACAAGAGAUUUUCCCCGUGCAGUCUUCGCUCGAUAAGGAAAGUUUUACAAGCGAAGUCUGGACGGUGUUUCUCCGAACCAGAGGAGAGCUUCUGUGGAAACUUACGUGUUGAGGGCGGCGAGGAGUGCGAUGCUGGGUUACUCGGCACCGAAGACAAUGACAUGUGCUGCGAUAAGAAUUGUAAAUUAAGGAAAAAUCAAGGCGCUGUUUGCAGUGACAAGAACUCUCCAUGUUGUGCGGGUUGCGUGUUCGCGCCGCCGGGCGUGGUGUGUCGCGAGGCGGCGCACUCCGCCUGCGAGGGAGAGGCCACCUGCAACGGCGCCUCCGCCGACUGUCCAAAGGCGCCGGCGAUAGCGGACGAGCACGAGUGUGCGGAGCGCGGGCGGUGCCGCAACGGGACGUGCGUGCCGUACUGCGAGACGCAGGGCAUGCACAGCUGCAUGUGCGACAUCGUUGCGGACGCGUGCAAACGUUGUUGCCGUAAAAGCCUGAAUAAAACAUGUUUCCCGGUGGCGCAUAACGACAUUCUACCGGACGGCACUCCCUGUAUACAAGGAUUUUGUAAUAAGGGUGUAUGCGAGAAGACAAUUCAAGACGUUGUAGAAAGGUUCUGGGAUAUAAUUGAAGAUAUAAAUAUUAACAACGUUCUUGGCUUCCUGCGGGACAACAUUGUGGGCGUCGUAGUGCUUGUUACUGCGUUUAUUUGGAUACCGGCCAGUUGCGUCAUUAGUUACGUGGAUCGGCGGCGGCAGCGACAACAUCAGAAAUAUUUGGACUGGGAGCGGCAGCACGAUUUGAUACAUCCGUCGUCCCCGCGAAAGAUCGUGCACACGCGAUUACCAAAACAAAAACCACCGGGCAUCAAGGCUACCAUUCAAGGCAGCAGCCAAUUGUAAUUUAUCUCCAAUAAUUUGAAUAAUUGUAUUAGAAGGUUACAAUUAAAUAAAACAUUUUUUUACAUUAA